AUGGUCAUCGUUGGAGAUGAUGUGCAAACCGUGGCCACCGAGCAAAAGAGUCUUGCACUUAGUACCAUUGGCACUGCGUAUUCAGCAACCGGUGAAUCAGCGGAUCCGGCUGUGGUGGGUGGUGAUGGGGAUGCCAGGAAUGAGAGAUUGCAGAGUCCCACAAGUGAUAUCAGACCAAAUUGUCUCGGCAUUCUCAAGAAUCUACACCAUGUGGUCGAGCAUUAG